AGCACGUGUGCUUUGUUUUGCAACGUGAUGACGUCACGCGUAGAUUACAGGAAGUAAUUUGAAUUUAGAGCCAGAAGAGUAAACAAACACAUGCGGAUUUACAGCAGGCUGCUCAUGUUCACCAAGACUUUACAGAAUGGGUGUGAAAGGUCUUCAGUCCUUUGUGGACCGCUGCUGUCCAGAAGCCUGUGUGACUGUGAACCUGAGGGAAAUGGCCAGACAACAUGUUGCCAAAAGCCAGCAAGGCUGCACACCCUCAGCUAACACUAGCAGCCCCACACUCGUUGUGGAUGGUAUGGCCUGCCUGUGCCACUGGUACACCUGUAAGGACUGGGUGUGUGGGGGGCAGUGGACGGAGUACAUGGAUGUGCUGAAGCGCUGGGUGGAGGCCUUCACGUCAGCAGGCAUCAGACUGGUCUUCAUCUUUGAUGGUGUGGUGGAAGAGCAGAAGAGACAGGAGUGGGUGAAGAGGAGACGCAGAGUGAACAGGGACGUUUCUAAAUUGUUUAAUCACAUAAAGGCAUAUGAAGAGCAGCCUGGUAGAGAGCUCUUUUGUCUGCCUUCUGGUCUGGGAUUAUUCACACCCUUUGCUCUCAGGUCAUUGGGUCAGGAAGUUAUUUGCUCAGUGCAGGAGGCUGACUAUGAGAUCGCCAGCUAUGCUCGUCAGCAUGGCAGUAUGGGCAUUCUGGGACAGGACUCAGACUUCCUCAUAUACGACAGUGCCCCCUACUUCUCUGUGGCAAAGCUGCGGAUAGGCAACCUCACCACUGUCAUGUACGACCGACAGAGGCUCUGCCAAACCAUCGGACUGACUGUUACCCAGCUACCACUGCUGGCCUGUCUCCUAGGUAACGAUGUGGUGUCAGAGGAGCGGAUGCUGCACAUCAGGAACAACGCCAUGGCAACAUACAGGACAAACAAUCCCGCUCCACACUCCGGCGCUCCUCAGGAGCAGAAGGUGCUAGCUGUAUCCCACUUUGUGAGCUCCUUGUGGGGCAGAGAGGAGCAAGAGACUGGGCUUAUUCCUCAGUCUCUGAAUCUGUCAGCUCCUCACAGAGAGCUACUGGAGAGGGGGGUUCGCUCUUACUUGCUGCCUGGACAGGAAGCUCUCCAGCGAGGUGACAUCUCUGCACUUCACUCUGCCUUUGAGAAACAUGUUAGUCCAGAAAUAUUAAAGGCCUGUAGAGAGAAGCAUGUAGCAGCAGAGGGCUUCAUGGUUUACAGCGUUUUGUGCGAGGGUGUCGUUCAAUGUAGCAACACUCUGGAGGAUGAGGACGACGCCGAGUUGCUGCCUCAGGCCCUCGUCUACAGGCCCUGCCGACAGCGCAUCUAUGGGCUGCUGCUGCUGCACGGGCAUGAUGGCAGCAGUGUCGACCUUCCAGCAAUCAGGGAAUGGUUCGUCUACCCCGGAAACCUUCUGAAGGAACCCGACAUGGUCCACCCCGUCCCACUCAGCCUCCCGUAUGAUCAGCCCAGUCUGGACUUGUUAUGGUUCGGCACCGGUCCUGAAGUUUCUGCUCUUCGCCUGAAGACCUUCCUUUCAAUUUUUGACUGCCAGGAGUUCUCUGAGUUGUACGGAGCUAUCGAAGACUCUCUCCUGGCUGCUCUCUGCCUCGUCACCUACAUCGUCCUCCAGGUACAAACUUUGUCUCAAGAGGACGUGGAUGCUUACCUGAGUCAGGCUGUGUGUCUCAGACUAAGAUCCCCUGAGGAGCUUCAACAGAUCAAGCUGCCUUCCCUGUCCAGUCGUGCGGUGCAGCUGGGAUCUCUCUAUGUCCGAGGACUGAGCCACCUGCUGGGUGCUAACUGUGCCAGCGGCUGCCCGCUGCCCAACGCUGCCCCGAUGCCUUGGCACAUCUUCGACGGACGGCUGUUCCACUCAAAGUACCUGCUGGCACAUAGCGGCACAGAGAAGACUGUGUUGCUGGACAGCGAUUCGUCCUGUUUGUCUCUGUUUCUCCGCCUGAGAGAGAAACUUACAGAAACCUGCAGGAAGCAAGGCAGAGACCUGCAGUCCAGUCCUAGGGCACCAGAACAACGUCAUAGAACCACACCAGCACCCAGACACAGAGGAAGACACACAGGUCGGCCUCCAGGUGGUGGUGAGAACUGGAGGGAGAGAGGAGAGACGACAGGAGAGCAUCAUGGAGGAGGAUGGAGGGAGAUAGGAGAGACGACAGGAGGCCAUCAUGGAGGAGGAUGGAGGGAGAGAGGAGAGCCGAUGGAAUGUGAAAACAGAGAGAGACUGUGGGAGCGAGGAGGAGGCCAUUUUCACCCUCAUCCUCACUCUUAUCCUAGCAACCACGACGGAGGACCCCAGCACCCGAGCCGUCCUCCAAACCAGUCCAGAGGUCGAUCGUACCGCAGCAGAGGGAGACACCAUCUGGCUCCGAGAUGGUCGCAGUCUCCUGCACCGGGGACAUAACUCGACCCCAAACAGAGAGGAGAGAAGAGGAGGAUUAAAGGGGAGGAUUUGAGGAGUUAAGAGGAUGGGAAAGACACGAUGAAAGAAGUGAAGGAAUCAAAUUUCUCUGAACAAACUGAUUAGGGAAUUACCCGUCGGGAAUGUUUGUCUAAAGGAUGCAGUAGGUAGAGAAAUGGGGAUUAAGGAAGAGAUUAGGAAUACAUCAUUUAAUUUGCCAGUUUAACCUGAAUUUGUCUUUUUGUGCAAAAUAAUCCUGUAGCCAUACUUUAAAAGUCAAUCAUUUUAAAGCCUCUCUUUAAUCUCAGGGCAACUCACCUGUCUCACUGUGACAGAGAAUGAACAGGACGCAUGAGCACUCACCAAACAAACACAGAAAUGAGCCACUGAGAAGUGGAUUAAUGGUUAAUCCUCCAGCCUGUUUUUAACCUCUUAUCUUCGACAAUAAAAGAGCAACGAUCUUAAAAGCUGUGUGUGUCCAGUGGCAUAAUCCUUUUAAGGGAAUGGUUUUAACUAGAGAAACAGUAAUGCUGGUAUCAAAUAUCGGCUGAAAUAGGGCAUCAGUACCGGAGACUUAUACACUUCUGUAAACUGAUACCAAGAGCCGUUUGUGACACAAGUGAGGCAACUUGAGUUUCUGCUUUUGUCAUACACAGAAGAAUGUGAGUUGUCUGUAAUAGAUACUAAAAAAAAAAAGAGGUUUGUACGUUAAACUGUUUUGUUCUGUGUCUCAAAGACAUUUUCUCUUGAUGCCGAC